GAGCAGUCUUCCUUAGUUUUUUAGUAUAGUCAUUUCGAUAGGCACAGAAAGAUUAAUUGGUCAGAAAAUUAACAGUGAGAAUUAUGGAAUUCAGCGAUAUAGUUAAUUGGGCUUGUGUAAAAGUUAAAGAAGAACGUAGAGAUGGGCCACUGUCUGAGAAUAACCGUGAAGUAAUUGACGAGAAACCCGAUCUUCAAAACUUCCAGCUCUUACCAUCUCUACGAGAAAAUUCAAACUAUACCUUUCGAAAAUGUGACGUCAAUCAUAAAAAUGAACUUGACGGCGAAGUGGAAAUAGUUGUUGAAUGUGAAGACGUCAAACUCAAUAUUAAUUUAUUAACAGUUGAGAAAUUUGACGAUAAUUUUUCAAAUUACCUGCAGGAUAUGAAAUAUAACCAAGAUUAUGAAACUCAAAACAUAAUUAAAAUGAAAACCACAGAAAAAGUGCAACAGGAAUUUUUUCGUGACGUCGUGGAAUCGAAUGUGAAUAACGCCUGCAAAAUUACCGAACAAAUUAAAGAAAGAAAAAUUACUAAAAAACGUAACGACGAACAUAACCUCAAAACAAAUGUGGGUGCAACUAUGCAAAACAAUACCUUCCAUACAUGUGAUACUUGCGGAAAAAAUUGCUCGACCAAGGGUACUCUGGAUAGGCAUGUCAAAUCAUUACAUCAUUGUAUUACCCACUCAUGUGAUUUAUGCGUAAAGUCAUACGCAACCAAGCGGAGUCUCAAGAACCACAUCGAUAAGGCUCAUCAUGGUAUCGCACAUACAUGUAAUAUAUGCACGAAGACAUUCAAGCAAAAAUGUUAUCUCAAAAUCCACAUUCGGUACAUAAUGGUGUCAGACAUGCAUGCGAUACAUGCGGAAAGAAGUUUUCAUGGAAGAUUGAACUAAAAAAUC